CCGCCGCCAUGGAGCCGCACCCGGCCGACAAGAAGCUGUUCGAGAACCUGUCGGGGUCGGGCAAGGCCAUCGGGGUGCUGACCAGCGGCGGCGAUGCGGAAGGUAUGAAUGCAGCAGUACGUGCAGUAGUGCGCAUGGGAAUCUAUGUAGAAGCCAAAGUGUAUUUUGUGUAUGAGGGUUACCAGGGUAUGGUUGAUGGAGGUGACAACAUUGUUGAAGUCUCAUGGGAAAGUGUAUCAAGUAUCCUGCAAGUGGGUGGAACGGUUAUUGGGAGUGCACGCUGCAAGGCAUUUCGUACCCGGGAAGGUCGUUUGCAAGCUGCUUACAAUCUUGUUAAACGUGGAAUCACUAACCUCUGUGUGAUUGGUGGGGAUGGAAGCUUAACAGGUGCUAAUCUUUUCCGUGAAGAAUGGAGUGGACUUUUAGAGGAACUGGCAGAAAGUGGCAAGAUUGACGAAGAGGCAGUUAAGAAAUAUGCUUACCUCAACAUUGUGGGUAUGGUUGGGUCCAUUGAUAAUGAUUUCUGUGGUACUGAUAUGACCAUAGGAACUGACUCAGCCUUGCACAGAAUCAUUGAAGUUGUGGAUGCAAUUAUGACCACUGCCCAAAGCCAUCAGAGGACCUUUGUACUGGAGGUUAUGGGAAGACACUGUGGGUAUCUAGCCCUUGUGAGUGCCUUAGCUUGUGGUGCAGAUUGGGUACUCAUUCCUGAAUACCCUCCAGAAGAAGGAUGGGAGGAUAAGAUGUGUGUUAAGCUGUCUGAGAACCGUGCACGAAAGAAAAGACUGAAUAUUAUCAUUGUAGCAGAAGGUGCCAUUGAUUCUCACAACAAAGCCAUAACAUCAGAGCAAGUUAAAGAUCUUGUGGUUCGGUGCCUGGGAUUUGACACUCGUGUGACUAUACUGGGUCAUGUUCAGAGAGGUGGUACACCAUCAGCUUUUGAUAGAAUUUUGGCAAGCCGUAUGGGUGUGGAAGCUGUCCUCGCCCUGCUUGAAGCUACACCAGAUACCCCUGCUUGUGUUGUGUCCCUGUCUGGAAACCAGGCUGUACGUCUGCCUUUAAUGGAGUGUGUGCAGAUGACUCAGGAAGUACAGAAGGCAAUGGAUGAAGCAAGGUUUAAGGAGGCUGUGCAGCUUCGAGGAAGGAGUUUUGAAAAUAACCUUAAAACCUACAAAUUAUUGUCUCAUAGAAAACAAGAUGCAGAGCUUCCAAAGAGUAAUUUUAAUGUGGCAGUUUUAAAUGUAGGUGCCCCUGCAGCUGGGAUGAAUGCUGCUGUGAGGUCUGCAGUGAGAGUUGGCAUAACUGAAGGACACAAAAUGUUUGCUAUCAAUGACGGAUUUGAAGGUUUUGCUAAGGGGCAGAUAAAGACAAUCAGCUGGGGAGAUGUUGGAGGCUGGACUGGCCAGGGGGGAUCAAUUCUCGGCACAAAACGAACCCUUCCUGCAAAGUAUUUGGAGAAGAUUGCUGACCAGAUGCGCACUUAUAAUAUCAAUGCCCUUAUGGUUAUUGGUGGAUUUGAGGCCUACCUGGGACUUUUGGAACUGUCAGCUGCCCGUGAGAAAUAUGACGAGUUCUGUGUUCCAAUGGUUAUGGUUCCUGCAACUGUAUCCAACAAUGUACCGGGUUCAGAUUUCAGCAUUGGUGCAGAUACUGCUCUGAACACUAUAACUGAUGCCUAUGAAAGUUGUCUGCAAUUAUAUGAGGCGCGUUCCCGCUUUGAGGAGUUUUGCAUACCUAUCUGUGUAUUGCCUGCUACUAUUAGCAACAAUGUACCAGGCACAGACUUUAGCAUUGGUGCUGACACUGCCUUGAAUGCUAUUGUAGAGACAUGUGAUCGCAUCAAACAGUCAGCCAGUGGGACCAAACGUCGUGUGUUCAUCAUUGAGACCAUGGGUGGUUACUGCGGUUACCUGGCCAAUAUGGGGGGCCUUGCUGCAGGUGCUGAUGCUGCUUAUAUCUUUGAAGAGAAGUUUGAUAUUCGAGAGCUCCAGGCUAAUGUGGAACAUUUGACGGAAAAGAUGAAAACCAGCAUCCAGCGUGGUCUAGUGCUGAGGAAUGAAAACUGCAAUGAGAAUUACACAACUGACUUCAUCUAUCAGCUGUAUUCUGAGGAAGGAAAAGGUGUGUUUGACUGCAGAAAGAAUGUAUUGGGUCACAUGCAACAAGGUGGUGCCCCUUCUCCGUUUGACAGAAACUUUGGGACGAAAAUUUCUGCAAAAGCCAUUCAGUGGAUCUCUAAGAAACUUGUGGAAACAUACCGGAAAGAAGAAGGAAAAGUAUUUGCCAACACCGAUGACACUGUUUGUCUGCUGGGAAUGCGCCGGCGCAAUCUUGUUUUCCAACCUGUGGCUGAGCUUAAGGGUGAAACAGACUUUGUGCACAGAAUUGCUAAGGAACAAUGGUGGCUGAAACUCCGGCCCCUGAUGAAAAUUCUGGCCAAAUACAAGACUAGCUAUGACGUCUCCGAUUCAGGGCAGCUGGAGCAUGUAGCGAUGCAUAGACCGAAAGAAGCAGAAACUGGGGCCAUCUAAAGGAAUCCUUUUAGAUACAGUUGUAAUAGACCUACAUUGUGUGUAACAAUGCUUUAGAAUAUAUUGGUUACAGCUUUGUUUUGUAACACUUAAAUUAUUGUAUCAGCACUUUAUGUGAAAUAAGAAAUUUAAAAUCUCAGAUUCCUUGCCCAGUAUUUGUCUUAGGUUUGACAGACACCCUAGCAUCUAACAAACAAGCAUCAGUUACCGAGGCAAUCCUUUAUCAACAGUAAGUUCAACAUAAUUCUAUGCACUCAGUGUGAUAAUCUAUUCAUUUAUUGCACUUCAUAUCCAAGAGUAUUCACACUCCAAGUAUAUGUAGAAGGCUAGCUUUAUGUCAAAUUACAGGUUAUGUUUAUGUACCCGAAGUGGAAUAAAGUACCCUUGCAAACAAA